UGGGAAUGUUAGCAAGGCCACAAACAUACUAGAUGCCUCCAAAUACAAUAAGACUAGUUUCCCUCAAGGAAGGGGCAACAUUUGAGAAUGUUGAUGUCCCCCAAAAUGUUGUGUGCAAAUAUGUUGAGGUAAACAAGACAUUCAGAACGGUGUCGGGAGAGACAACAAGCGCUCUGUUAAACCAAAUUGCUGGAUUGACCUCGUUGCUGGAGACUCGGUCCCUCGAGGCUAGAGAUAUCCUUCUAAACAUGACCCGGAUUCACGAAAUCAAUAUCCUGGAUAAGGAAAUGGAAAUAGAACGCCUACAACACCUGCUAACAUCUCAAAUGAAGGAAUCGAUGACCACGAAAGUGGGGCGGGUGGCCGAAACCAAUACUGGCAUGGGGGGUUGUUGGGGUUUCAAGCAGCAUCAGAUUUCGUGGGACAAUUCAACUGAUAGUGUAUCCUAUAAUAGGACUGGAUUCACGUCAGAUUCUAAGGAUUCCAUUGAUGGCGGCACCAGUUUCUUAGACGAUGUGAGAUACAGUUCGCAUGUCGCUGGACAGGCUGACGAGGAAACUACCACAAGAUCACCCUUCCCAUAUAUCUCUACAGAUGUCCUGGAACAUGGUACAAGAUACAAAACAUUUUCGGAGAAAGGGGAUGAUAUCAUAUAUGGUAUGGAUAAUCGAACCCGUUCAUGUUAAAACACCCCUAAAUUUUAACGACAAUUUAGCGCACUCGGGCCUGGUUGCUGGAAAAACGAAAAAAAGAUACCACGCUUAGAUGAUGGAACUGGUUGGAUGCUU